GGGUGGAAGUGAAGAGCACUUACAGAUGAGAUUUUUAACUACCUGUUGCAUGCCAUGGCAGUAUUUUAUCGGAUACUUCUCCUGCUAUCUGUGACUGUGGCCUCUGCGGCAACACGCAGAUCGCAGCGGACAAAGCGAGGGUUACUUGAGUUGGCAGGAGCAAUCAAAUGCAGCACCGGGAGAUCUGCUUUGGCUUAUAUGGUGUACGGAUGCUACUGUGGUCUGGGCGGCCAAGGCUGGCCCAAGGACAGGGCAGACUGGUGCUGCCACAGACAUGAUUGCUGUUAUGGAGAUGCAGAACGUCUUGGCUGCUAUACAAAAUUGAGUCAGUAUCGGUGGACCUGUGAGGACAAGACAGCUGAGUGUGAUAAUUUGAAGGACCAAUGCGAAAAGCUGCUGUGCAAGUGUGACAGAGAUGCUGCCAAAUGUUUGAGAAAAGCACCUUUCAUUCGGAAAUAUGCACUAUGGCCAGAUUUUCUAUGUGGCCAUGAGCAUCCUACAUGCAAUAUUUACUGACACAAUAAAUACAUCUUUAUGUGUCUUAUGUGCCUCUUCUUUUAAUAUACGCAGCGUUACAGUAAGUCAGUCACUCUGCUUUUGCAGAAAUUGUUUUAAUAAAAAACACAAAACGUAUUACAGUAAAUGAACACCACCUAUUUUCUUUCUCGAGUCAAAUAGAGGGAACAAUCAAAUACUCAGACCUAACAAUAGUACUUUUAUUGGCUAGCAUGUGUUACUGAACUGUGAAGUGGAGUGCCUGCUUCAUAACAGUGAAGCUGACUCUAUGCUUUGGGUGUGUUUUUGACUGGAUUUCAUUUACUGGAGUUAAAAAAAAAAAACUCCCCACACUUGAGCUAAUGGUGAGGGUUGUUUUCUUUAUAUUUAAAAUCUGCUCUGACACGACUUCCUCCACUUUUUUCCAAAGCCAGUGAGGGAAAAGUCUCAGCAGCAGCGCCAAAUUUUAUUUUUGUAUUUAUUACUGAAAAAAAAAAUUGAAACCUCUUGCAUGUUUACUUCCUUUUAAGGUUUUAAAAUAUGGUCACAGUUGCAUGUGUUUUCCUAUGAUGUGUACAGAUUACCUCAUAAUCCCUAAAUAGCUACCAAAUGAUUUUGCAUGUGCAACGGCCUGAGGCCUCUAUAUCCACUUCCUGGAUUCGCGGUUAGG